UUGUUUAUAUGCAUACAAUACCAUUUUUGCAUUGAAGUUUUUAUUUAUUUAUUUUUUGUUUUUAUCUCUACCUCUUUGUUUAAAAAUAAAAAAUGCCGCCAAAUAAUUGAAAAUCAGUGAAUUUUUGAUAAUAAUGGCAUCUUCGAUAUUGGAUAAAAUCAAGGCAAAGUCCAAAAUUCGACGAAAACUUUUAGCCCAACAGUUUGGCCUCGAGAAUGUUGAUGAUUUAUCCAGAAUUCUUGGUUUCGAAAAUGAACGUAAAGCACUGCGAAUGAGUAAAGAAUGUUCAUCGAUUCGAAAACAUCUUGAAAAUUCUAAAGCUAAAGUCCAUCAUAAAUCUAAUAAUAAGGAUUUAUGCCCUGAUUUACUUGGUAAUGUGAUUGAUGAAGAAACCACCUAUACAGAUUCUAGUACCUUUUUAAAAGGUACUCAAUCUGCCAAUCCUCAUAAUGAUUAUUGUCAACAUUUUGUUGACACUGGUCAGCGGCCUCAGAAUUUUAUUCGCGAUGUUGGACUUAACGAUCGAUUCGAAGAAUAUCCAAAACUAAAAGAAUUGAUUCGUUUGAAGGAUGAACUUAUUCAAAAAACGGCCACUCCGCCUAUGUAUUUAAAAUGUGAUCUACGCAAGUUUGAUCUCAAUGAAUUACAAACAAAAUUUGAUGUUAUUCUUAUCGAUCCUCCAUUAGAAGAGUAUAAACGAACAAAUGGUGUGACUAAUGUUGAUUUUUGGUCAUGGGAUGAUGUUAGUAAACUUAAAAUUGAAGAUAUUGCCGCACCGCGAUCAUUUAUAUUUUUAUGGUGCGGUUCAUCUGAUGGCCUAGAUCUUGGCCGUGUUUGUCUUCGUAAAUGGGGCUUUCGUCGUUGUGAAGAUAUUUGUUGGAUCAAAACGAAUAUCGACCAGAAAAAGAAACAUACUAAGAAUCUAGAACCAAAAGCUCUAUUUCAGCGUACCAAAGAACAUUGUUUAAUGGGAAUCAAAGGAACCGUACGACGAAGUACAGAUGGCGAUUUUAUUCAUGCCAAUGUUGACAUUGAUCUUAUAAUUACCGAAGAAUUUGAAUAUGGAAGUUUAAAAAAACCAGAUGAAAUUUAUCAUAUUAUUGAACAUUUUUGUUUAGGUAGACGUCGUUUAAAUUUAUUUGGUCGUGAUGAUAUUAUUCGUCCUGGAUGGCUUUCUAUUGGACCAGCAUUAACAAACAGUAAUUUUAAUGCGGAAACUUAUCAAAGUUAUUUUAACGGUCCAAAUGGUCAUCUAACUGGAUGUACAGAACGAAUUGAAAUAUUACGACCAAAAUCACCGCCACCUAAAUUGAAUAAAAAUUCUGGUGGAUCCAUACGAUCAAAUUCACAUUAUUCGGUGCCAAGAAAAAUUCAACGAAAUUAAUUAUUCGUUUUUCGAACUAAGCAAAAUAAUAAUAAAAAUGCUACCAUAAAUGACAAUAAUAAGUCGACAUAUUUUGCAUUUUUAUAAUGUAAUUAAUUCAAAACUAAAUAAUUAUUUAAGCAGAUUUUUUCAUUUAAAAUUCAUUGUUUGUUAUUAUUUUUUUUGGUAUGUAUUAUCACACUUCUCUUUACAAAAAAAAAGGUUCAAUAAAUAACGUUUAUUAAGAUUAGAA